GGAUCUGAAGCUUUGGGGGAAUGAAGUGGCAUUGGCCGUCGAAUGUAACGAUGUUGAGCUGAUCACGAUGCUCUUGAACGUGGGUGCCCAAUUUGACUCGAAUGCACUAGUCGACGUCACGAGGGGGCACAUUGGGGAACCGUCAGUUGCCAAGUUUCUUUACGAAGCCGGGUUCGACCUUGAUCUGAACCAACUGCUCGACAGAGCCAUCGAGGACUACAAUACCGACAGUAUCAGCCAAUAUCUCUUCUGGGCAACAGAGAACAGUAGGGCUCAGCUGCGCCCGGAGACCCUAUUGGAGGCUGCGAUACUCCUGGGUGAUCAGCAACUAGCCAGCAAUGUCCUCACGAUGGCCAAUUAUAGGUCUCGGAUAUUGUGCCAGGCGGUCAUCCGGUGUUCACAAACCAAAGACUUCACGAUUGUCAAUUAUCUUCUCAGUCAAAGGAAGACCGGGCCGAAUGAUGACUGGGAGGUCCUCGCUGUAUGGUGUGCCGCCAGCAAUCGCGAUUUGGAAUUGCUCGAGACUCUGAUGAAAGUCUUAGGCGAUGGCCCUUGGGUCACUCGGCUUAGUCAUCAUCUCCAGCUUGGUUGAUUCAAUUCGGUAUCUCCGGGACGAGCGAUACAAAUUGGGACCACAGCACAUCCUAGAGCACUUUGGGCUUCUUGACAGCGAGACCGGCGAUGCGCGGCUCGUUCAGAUGUUGAUCAGCCACGAUGUCUCCGUGUGGACGUCCGAGGUAGAGAUCCACGAAAACACGCCACU